AUGGCUGACCUGGACGCUGAGCUGCUCGCCCUGGCGGGAGGCGAUGAUUCUUCCGACGAGGAAUCUCCCGCCAUCUCGCAGCAGAAGGACAAAGAUAAAGGGCGCCAGGCCUCUCCUGGCAGCUCAUCUUCCAACGACCAAGACGACGACGCGGACAACAUGGGUCGCAAGGGGGUAGCCCGGCCGGUCAAGCGCCAACGCAAGAGAGCCAGAGCAUAUGACGACGAAGAGGAAGAGGGCGAGCUAUCCUCUUCAAGCGUUCACUCUCGCCGCUCCCUUCGAUCAGCAUCCAUGUCCGAAUCAGAGUCAGAUACCUCUCCUCCUCCCGAAGAGAACCAGGGCCCCAUCUUCCCUUAUGAGAAGCUAUUCUACUCCGCCAAAGACAAGAGUGAAAUCAUGGCCCUGCCUGAAAUCCAGAGAGAGGAACUGCUAUCAGAACGAGCUCAGCAGGUCGACCGCCAUAACCAGGACAUUGCCCUCCGUCGUUUGCUAGCCAACAGAGAGCGAGAGGAAGCCCGUGCCGCGGCCAAGAAGAAACGCAAGGCCGGUUCAGCUGAUUUGGAGGACAGCCAGCGCAAGAGCUCACGCAAGAAGACGGUUCUCGGCGGACGCAAAGUGGGUGAGCCCUCAGAUGCGAUUGAAGCAUACAAGCGUCAAAGAGAGCAAAAGGGGAAGCGAGAUGAGCAGCGUCGGCGUGAUGCUUCUUCACGAAAGAAUAACAACGCCAGCAGCUCUCCUGCUCGAGAGGCAGAUGAUCGAGACGCCAGUGGUGAAAGUGAGGUCGAGUGGGAUGAUAAACCCCAACGCAGGAGUGUCUCACCCCCGCGUUACGAUCCCCCAGCUGAACUGCGGGAGUUACAGCGUGCCAGAAUUGCACGCAGCAACUUUGCCCAGGUCUGUUUCUAUCCUGGCUUCGAUCAGGCUAUCAGCAACUGCUACACCAGAGUCAGCUUGGGACCAAACCUGUCAACCGGAAAACCGGAGUACAGAAUUGGUCUGAUCAAGACUGAAAAGGAGUUCCCCUUUAUCGCCUGUUCCGAAUCCCCCUUCACUGAGGCUGAGUUUAACCGCUAUCGGAAAACCAUGGCAGUGGAUGGCCUCAAGAUGCCCACAAAGUCCGCUGUCGACAAGAAAGUAGCAGACAUCAACCGCUUGCUGGCGCACGACUUCACUAAAGAGGAGCUCGAGGAGAAGCUUCGUCGCCAGGGCACAAACGACAACAAACAGCUCAUCUACAACCGCAUCCAGCUUGAGCGUCGCCGCAACGAGGCCAUUGCUAACAAGGAUGAGGCAGCCAUCGCAGAGUGCGAUGCUGAGCUCGCCCGCCUGACUGGCCCCAAGCUCGCCUUUGGCACCACACUGGUCAAGCCACGCCCUAACGAGAAGACGCAGCAAGAACGUCUCGCCGAGCUGAACAUGCGCAACCAGAAGCUCAACACCGAGAAUGUGCGCAAGGCCCAGCUGGCCGAGCGUAAGGCAGCAAAACUAGCCGCCGCAGCCGUCGCCCGAGGAGAGGCCGUCGCCGACCGCUUUGCACGUGUCAAGACCAGAGCGAGGACGUACUACGAGUCCACGGAUGGUCAUCUCGUCCCCGUCAAGCCCGAGGCCGCCAUUGCUGAUCGCAGCCGCGCCAUCACCCCGACCACCGCCAGUAACAACACCGAUGCCACCAAUACGCCUGCCAACGGAACCACACCCCGCAGCGUUACUCCGUCCAAGCCAGCCACUCCAAAGGUCUACAAGGGCGUCCCUGUCAUUCGUCACCGGCCGACAGACGAGGACAACAUCGCUGCCCUGGACUUGGACAUCGACAUCGAGAUCUAA